AUGGCGUUACCAUCGACCCCCGGCGUAGCCCUCCCAGCCAGUCUCGAAGCAGCGAGAAUCGACGGCCUACCUGCGUCGGCAUACUACAUUCCCAACUUCAUCAGCGUAGACGAAGAGCAGCUUAUACUGGACAAGGUGCGUUAUCCACCCUCAAGGCAGGAACUAAAACCACCUUCUUGCCCGGUGUGCAGUCCGUUUGUUCUAAUACGAAAGGAGGGCCAAAAGAUUGCCGCGGCGCCAAAGCCCCGAUGGAAGCAGCUCACACAUCGCCGCCUGCAGACGUGGCCGUCCGACCUCGUGCGCGACAAGCUCCUCGACGCCGUGCUUCCUCCAUGGCUUGAAUCGCCCGUCGUGCCACGCCUCCAGUCGAUGCCCGUGUCGUCCGGCGACACUGCUGCCCACCUCUUCAGCGGCAGCCCGCACACCAGGCCGAACCAUGUCCUCAUCAACGAGUAUCCUCCUGGCGAUGGCGGAGCGUACUGGCCCGUCGUCUGCACGGUCAGCCUGGGCGCGAGCCUCUGUCUCAACCUCCACCGAAGCAAGGAGGAUGGCGCACUCGAUCCAAAGCCCGCCUGGCGCAUCCUGCAGGAGCCGCGCAGUCUGCUCAUCACGACAGACGAACUCUACACUGACCAUCUCCAUGGAAUCGCCGACAUCGAAGAGGACGUCGACCUAUCCCAAGAAACAGUUGCGAAUUGGUCACUACUCGGCGACCCCUCUGUCUUUGCAGACGGCCGAAACGUGCGCCAGACUCGCACGAGCCUCACAUACCGAGACGUUCUCCAAGUCUCCAAAGCCGCGAGUAAGAUUGGAUUGUUUAUGAAGCGUUAA